UUAAAACUCCGCAGUAACUGGCAUGGCGCGUAAUCAAUGACAACACUGGCGGAGUAGGUUUCUUCUAGAGCAGUUAUAAGUGGAUUGUAACAUGGAACAAGGUGGCUAAGAAAGGUCGAUGUCCACCAUGAGGAAAUCUACACCAAAGGGAGGUCACUCCAACCUCCCGGUGCCUAAGCCUUCAACAGGCACACCAGGCAACAGUAAGUCACUACUCAGGGGAAGUAACUUUGCUCACUCCGCAGAAGAUAUCCCACGCCGGGUACAAUACAGCCUAAGAAACAACACUCCGUCACCAACGCGCCGGACGGGGUCCCCUGGCAAUGAAGGACGUAGUCGGCUAGCUGUGCCAGUUAGAGAUCACAGUCCACAGUCUGGAGUCCGGUACAUCACAGAAGACCUUAUCAGGAAGAUUGCCAAGGAGGAAAGCCUAGAAAUGAUUACUACUCUCAAUCUCACUUUGUCCAAAGAAAAUGGCAAGAAAAUAAAGUACAUAGAAAACCUUGACAGAUGUAAGAAGCUGGCGGUCCUGAAUCUGAGCUGUAACAUGAUAGAGAAAGUAGAGAAAUUGGAGAAGCUGAUUAAACUCAGGGAGCUUAAUUUAGCCUACAACAAUAUCACAAAGAUUGAAGGACUGGAAAAUCUGGCAAAUUUACAGAUGCUGAACCUGACAGGGAACAAUAUUGAACACAUACCUAUCUGGCUGGGCAAGCGACUGAAAGCACUACGGAUACUUCAUCUGGGCAAGAAUAACCUCCAGUCGAUGAGUGAAUUGGCUAAACUGAAGCCAUUACCUGACCUGUUGGAGCUAACAGUGGCUGAGAAUCCCCUGUGUCAGAUUCCUCAUUGUCGCCUCUACCUCAUCUUCCACCUGCGUACACUACAGGUCCUCGAUAGUCAGCCAGUCACAGAGGAGGAACGCAGACAUGCCCGUGACAGGUUUGAGCAAGAUGAGAUUGAGCGACUAGAACGCUUGCUUGAGACAGAAGAGGCUCGAAACAGGAAGCUGGAAGAAGAACAUAAUCGCUCUGCACAGGAGUCGUCCUUUACCAAGGCAGCUGAAGAGGAGAGAAAACGUCAGCAGAAAAUAACAGCUGAUCGCCUUAAUGAAAUGGAACGAGAACUGGACACCAAGAACGAUUUGCUGAAGAAAAAAACAUCUGAGUUAAACAAAGCAUGUGAGAAGCAUUACCAGCUAGAACAGGAACUAGCCUUCCAUAACAUUGACUCCAAGUUUGAUAGUUUGGGAACUAGCCCACAGCGCAAUCAGCAUGAUGAGAGUGGAGGGCUAGAUGAGAGCCCUUACAUAGGGCGUGCCAGGUACAAGGCCAAUCAGUAUUCCCGUGAGAACUCCAUUGGUGUUUCCCCACCCCAGCAGGCUCGCUACCACAACGUGUCAUCUGCCAGUCCACAAAAAGCUGAGAUCAUGGAUAAGAUCCACGUACAAUUGGACAAUGCCCUGGUGGAAAAACAGGACAAGGUCUCCAAAAAUGUACAAGAAGCGGAGGACCGCCUGAAACGUCUCACUGAUGACUUAAUGGGCACGGAGAGGAAGCUGCUUCAGGCAACAAAAGACCUCAAGCGUAUGGGUGACAUCACAGAGAAGGAUGAUGUCAAGGUGCAGCUCCGCCAGAGAAUGGCCAAGAAAAUGCAACUGGUAAACGAUCUGAAGGAUAGUGCCACCCAGAUAGAGGAUGAAAUCGAGAAGACAGUAAAAAGUAUGCAUGACAGUAAGGUGGACGUAGCCAGACUCAAAGGUCAGCUUGACCGAGUGGACACUAAGGAUCCAAAAUAUAGGAAAAUGUAUGCAGAGAUGGUGGACAAGGAACAGCAGAUCAGUGAGAGUAACCAGAUGUAUGGACAGUUACAACAGCAACUAGAAGUGAUGUUAGACACCAUCGCCAAGGAAACCGCUGACAUCAAGAAACUAGAACAGCAGCUCAACGAUGACCAAAUAGAUGCCAAUGAGUCGCUGCGUACAGAACUGGACGAGAUUGUAGGUGGUCUCCAAGGUUACCUGUCUAAUGUCAAGCAGCAAGGCCUCCGUCGACAGCGGGAUUUCGACUCUGUUUUGGGAGAGAAGACACGACUUGAACAAAAAGUGUCUCAGCUAGAACAAGAACUAGGUGUUCUGGAUGCGGAGGCUGGGAACUACAAAGCUAUGGAAAAGCGAUUAAUGGAGAUGGAACAGAACAUGAGUGACACCCAGAACCUUAACAAAACGUUGGAGGACCAGCUACAUAGAACUCGUACCAAGGACGCAGAGUACCAGGACCAGAUGGAAAACACUUCAGCUGAACUAGUAGACCUGAAGCGUGUACUGAAGGAAGCUGGCAGGAAGGCACAGUAUGACAAACAGGCAAUUGAGUCACAAUUGAAGAUAGAAAAGGACCGGGCUACAAAAGCACUACAGCAGGCAAACAUGGCAUCAGCAGUGGAUGAGGAAAACCGUCGAUUACAACACCAGCUGGAGGCCAUCAAGGCACAGAAUCUCUCGUAUAAGGAACAGCUGGAAGGUGAAAGACAAUCUCGACUUCGGGAAACUCUGCCCCAUCAUGAGAUCAGGAAACGGCUAAAAGAUUUGUCACAGUGUGUAAAAACAGGAAAGACAAAUGUUGAGCCUACCGAUGACCGAGAUUACCUGGGUAAAACCUUCAAAGAUCUUCAGCAUUUUAUGUCUGACAAAGUCAACAAGAGUUUCAGGGAUGCUGAUGAUGCUAAGAAGAAGACAAACCAAGCUGAUGCAGAGAUACAAGCAUUAAGAGAUGGUCUUACAAAGGCUGAAAACAAACUCGUGAAACGUGACGACAAAAACAAAGACAAGGAGAAUAAGCUCCAAGCAGAGAGGAAGGCCAAUGAGGAUGAGAUGAAGAGAAUGCAAAAUGAGAUUCAGAGGCUGAAAGCCAAGCUCAAGGAGACAAUGGAAAGGGCAGCUCAAGGUCGUCCGGUCACUAAGAUUGUGUACCGCCCCGAGUCCGAGUCUGACAGAAGCUCGAUGAACUCCGAGGAGAAAGCAUUGUUCGAUGAGUUACAAAGAGAACUACUUGAACUUCGACGUAACAUGAGGAACAAGGAAGAAGAAAAUGCUCGCAAGUUGAUUGACAUGGAGUCUGAGGCAGUCAUGAUGGAACAGGCACUAAGGGACCAGGAAAAGGAGUAUGAGAAAGAACUGGCUUUUACUCGGGAUGAACUAGAAGAUCAGAAGGAAAAACAGGAAGCUCGCAUGCAGGUCAUAGGUCAGGACUUGGAACAGGCACAGGUUGUAGCAAACCAACUGAAACAGUGUUUAGAUGAGAGGGAUAAACAGCUAUCUAGUGAAGUACAGAACACUGAUAUGUCUAAUCACAUGAUGACUGGUUUCCAAGCCAAGUCAGCGGCCCAGGAAGAUGAGCUGGCACGCCUGUAUGAGAUACUGGAUGCCCAGAGGGACGAGAUCGAGCACCUGAAUGGCAUGUUGGACCAGUUGUACAGCAGCCCACGAGGACCAAUCAAUCCUGGUUUCGAUGAUGGUCUCUGGAAGUUACGUCAGGAAGUCAAUCGGCUUAAGGAAACUCUUGCCAUGCAGUCUGCCUACAUACAGACAAUGCCCAACACCUUAAGUUCGGCUGGUACUCAGGCUCAGACGGACAUCCAACCAGAUCCAGGUUUUACCCCGAACGUUUACCCUGGCCAGACGGCUGCUCCAGUGCCUCGACUUAACCUUGGUACACAGCCAGGAGUACCAGUCUCUGUGAUGCCAGCUUCUCCACAGAGACCAAACUUGGGAGCAGCUUACUCCCGACCCACAGCCUACAUGCCUGCUGGAGCAGCCCCGGGGGGACAUUCAGCCUACAUGCCUGCUGGAGCAGCCCCGGGGGGACAUUCAGCCUGCAUGCCUGCAUCAGGAGCAGCCCCAGGAGCACAUUCUGGCUAUGCAAGCGACCCUCAACAGCAGCCACGAUUAUCGUCUGCGAGAGAUAGCAGCCACCGACCCCGGUCAGAAGAUGCCCGAUCUGGCCACAGGUCUCGCAGAGAUAGAGGUGAUGAUGACAGAAUGAGCCAAAGGAGCCAUAGAAGUCAGCGUAGUCAUGGCAGCAGUAAGGGCCGCAGUGGCCGCCAUCACGACAAGGAUCGACGCCGACAGCAUACGUCUUCCACAGCCCCCAAAACAGCAUUUGAACCUGUGCAGCGCCCCCAGGUGUAUCGUCCAGUACAGGGAGGAAAUGCAGCCCCCAACAUGCCAAAUAGCGCCCCUGGCGGUGUUCCCAGUGGUGUUCCCGGUGGUGUUCCCGGCGGAGCACCAAUGCCAGGAACACCAGGCCAGUAUUUCCCAGCUGGAGGUGGAGUCCCUGUAGGUGCCCCAAUGUUAGGGAUCCCUGGCCAGAAUAUGGCAGGUCAGUCUAAUCCUGGUGGUGUCCCAAUAAUGGAUGGAUAUCAGGCUCCGUACCCAGGGCGAGGUGUACAGCUUGGUCCAGGAGGUACUUCUUGGGGGAUGCAACCAUCAGGACAGCGUCAUAUACGGGGGCUAACUUCAGAUCCGAUGCCCCAGACGGGAGGAGCUGGGACUCAGACACCUGGGUACACCUCAACUCAGACUAGUGGUGCCCCUUCUGUAGCCAUGGCCCCGCCAUAUAAUGUAGGAGCACAAACUUAUAUACCUGUUGCAGCCACACCAGCACAAAAUGUACCCUACAAUAGUGGCAGGGUGUUCUUACCUGCUUAUUCGACUUCCACAGAUCGCCCUGGCGGCCGGAUAUACUAUCCCCAGGGUGGAAGAAUUCCUACAGGUGGUUCUGGGGGCGGGGGUGCACCCCCUCCACCACCCCCUCCUCCUCCACCGGUGCAGUUUAUACCAGGGUCCCCAGGGCCGAGAGUGACUUUCCUCCCAGUGACUCCCAUGGCCACAGGAACACCUGUCAAACAUUCGAGAGUAAAUGCUUCACUCAGUGCUCCACCAAGUCCAAUAUUGGCAGGGGCCCUGGCAAUGGAUAGCUCCGGUCAGCCCCGAGGGAUCCUCAAGGGAGGCGUUGGAGGAGACGAUGAUAGCUACUUGUUCUGUAAUGUACCCGAGCAUCACGAUCUGGAGGACUACAUAGCAGAGCUCCAGGAAAAGUUAAAGCGUCUGAAGCAUCGUAUUCUUAGAGAACAGGAGGAAUCGAAGGCCGGUGAGGAUCAUCGGUUAAUAAAGAGACUCCAGAACGAGUUGGAAGACCGACGGGAUGAGCUGGAAGGACUUGACCUUGCCAUCGACAAACAGAAGAAGUCACUAAAGAACUUGCGCAAGGAAGAGAGACAACUUGAACAGGGCAAGCAUGAAGCCAAGGAUGAACUGGACUUCCUCAAGGCAUACCGACUCAAGUCUAACAAGAAAAAGAAAAUGUGGAAGAAUGCCAUGGAUGACCUAGACAGUUCGGACGACUCUCUGGAGGAGUACAUGGUCAAGAGUCGGCAGCGCUUUGUCAGAAAUGAAGUAGAAGGAAUAGAGAAAACUCUGUCUAAAAGACGUAGUCAGCUACGUGAUGCUGACACACUCCUUAAACAGUGUAACAAUGAUCUGAAAGGGGCUAGGGAUCAGGCAAGAGAAACUAUUGACCAGUAUGACUCUGCUAACCACAACCUCAAGUCUACGAUAAAGGAAACGUCUGAAUUAGAACGACGAGCCAAUCAGGCAGGAGUUGAACUUCUUAAGGCAGCAGAUCAACUCAGCUCUUUGAGAUCAGAGGUGAAGGAUAUGGAGAGAAAACGGGGCAAGCAGGAACGAUUACUUCGGGAUGUAAAUCAGGUGCUAACUAAGAGAGAUAUGGAGUUUAAAGACUUGGACUCUCGCAGCAAGGUUGCCUCCCAGAAUCUUUCCCGGGUACAGUCAGAACUUAUGUCUACAGAACAGCAGGAAAAACAAACACUUUCCUCACUUCGAGAUGCAGAAGAUAUAUUAAAUAAACGACGUGCAGAAAUUGCCCGGAUGCGCGAUCAGCAUAAAGAAAAGAUCGAGGUACAGAGGCGUGACCUUGAGAAAGUCGAUCAGAUGAUGGGUAAGAAACGGACAGAGUUGCAGCUUCUACAGGACACUGCUGAACGCAAAGGGAACGAACUAAAUCAGGUCCUUCGUGAUGCUGAGGGAGAAAUAAACCUCAAACAGCGAGAGCUAAAGGAAUGUAGAGAACAAUUGCGAGAUCUAGAGAUUACCAAAAGUGACCUGGUGACUGCAAUCAAAAGUAAGAGGGGAGAACUCUCCAAAGUAAAGGAGGAAGUGGAAACAGAGGACGAAGUGUUACAAAAACUCAUUGGUUCUGUGAAUAAACACAAAACAGAACUCAAACAUGCGUACGAUAUGCAGAAAUUGGAGCAAACCAAUCUUAAUAGUGUUAAAAGUACCCAUGCACAAAAAGUGGCAGAACUGGAGAAAACGCAGCGGGAACUUCUAGCUGAAAAGGCAGAACUAGAACAACUAACGUCAGAAAUCAACCGUAAAGCCUCAGAACUAGAACGUUUCCGCCAGGCUUUAGAUCGCGACCGACAGGACACCGAGCGCCUCAGUCUGGACAAACGAUCUCUGGAGGACCGCAUAGCGGCCAUGACUCGUGAGAAGGACAUGCUGGACGAUAACUGUAAAUCACUAGACAACAAAAUUAAUCAAAUGAAAAGAACACAUAACAUUAUAGAGGAAAAAAUGGACACCUCUGCCAAACGGCUGGAGUCAUUAGAGAUAGAACUACGGCAAAGAGAGAAAGAAAUGGACGAGGCGAAUCAUCAGAGAACUGCUCUACAGAAGGAAAUACACUCCCUCAAACAAACUGCUAAAGAAACAAAAUCCGAACUGAAAGCACUGAAAGAACAUGUGAGAGAAGCAGAUGAUCAAUCGAGGCAUUUAGAACAGGAACUCCGUGAAGUUACUCACCAGCGAGAUGAAUCUAAGCUAGAGAUGGAAUGUAUGAAUGAAGCGAUCCGUACAAGUCGACAUUCAUACGAGGACUACAUAAGACAGGAAAAACAGAAACACGAGGAGCUUCAGGACCUUCUUAAAUCUGUGGCCGAGAAAGAGUUUGAAUACCAGGAAGCACGCAUGGCUCUCAGCAAAGUAAGAAAAGAGGUUGAGAGGGAGGAGAGUAAGCUGAACAAGCUGGUCAGUAAUGCUAACCUUGAACUGGACAGUAUCAGGAAUGACCUACAUGAUAAACAGUUAGAGUUAGAGCAGGCCACUCACUCUAUGGAAAACUUCAAGAGAGAAACUGAGCAGCUUCAAGCUAAUGAAGAGAAAUUUCAUGAAAUGGAUAAAAUUAUUAAAGAUCUAGAGAGAGAAGUAGCCAAUCGAAAUGAGGAGAAGAGUGAGUUAGCUAAGGCUUUAUCUCGGUCCUAUGAAGAGCUGCAGAAACUACGCACAGAAGCUGCUCAAGAUCAAACAAAGACAACGAGAGAACGUCUUCAGAUGGAAAAUGCUCUGCAUGAUAUGCAGGUUCAGUUAGAAUUAGCAAAACAGGAGAUGAAACAUAUGCAGAAGAGAACAGAGUCACAGGUGUCAGAACUCCAGAACAUCGCUGAGGUCCAGUUCAACAAGGCAAACAGACUAGACAGUGAGAUUGCUAGAAUCCGCAAGGACAACAAGGAGAUGAGGAAGCAGCUACUAACCCAAAAUGAAAUCCUAGAAACUGAGAACAUGAUAGAGGAGAAACUGCGAGAACUUGAUUUUAACUGUGAGGAAGAGAGUCAAGGUCCUGAAAACUCUUGUCAGAAUGGGAAGUCUUCUGCAGAUGAGAAACAUGUAGUGGACCAUGAUCAGAGUGAAAAAUUAGAACGUCACCUCGAUUCCCUCCAGGAGAACCUUCCCAAACCAUCUGAGCUGAUGCUGGAGAACAAAGAAAAUGUUAUUGAUGCCAUACAGGAUGACAAUAGAAAGGAGGACUUAAGAGAGAAGUUGACACAGGAACAGGAUUUCCUCAGACUCCAGCUUCAGGAUCAGAUGCAGCGACAUGCUGACAACAUGGAGACUGCACGUCUACAGUCAGAAGGAACAAUAGAAAGUCUUCGCAAGAAACUCAACACACUCCAAGAAGUAUUAGUCAGCACUGGAGAGUCUGGGUUUAAGCCAUACCGUCAGCACACUCGAGCACGGUCAAGUUCGCCUGGUCAGUCUAUACUGGACACAUCAUUCCGCAAGGAUCGUUCACCCAGUCCGAACUUUUCAAGACGAAGCUACUUAUCUCAGCGACCAAGGUCAAGGUCACGGUCAGAAGAACGCUCAAUUAGCCCAUCAAUUGCCGAGAGAGAAUUUUUAACAGCAUAGUCGAAGAGAUUCUAUGAAAAAGAAGGAUUUGAAGAUGCUCCCAAAGUAUUCUGGUGCUGAAUUAUUAGAAAAAAAUUAGCAACAUUUUAAACUGCAUCAAGGAUUAUCAUCCUUCAAUUACCAUUAAAUUUCAAAAUCAUGUUGAGACCAGCAAUUCAUAUAGAUAAGAAUGAUAGCAAUAUAUACAUAGAGAAUAUUAGUCAUGUGGCCGAUGCAUUGCAUAUUUUACAUUUAUUUUCUCUCUCAUUUUGGAAGGUUUUUUUUAUUAGUUUUUAAAAAAAAAAUGAAAGUGAUAAAUAACAUAAAGCCAACUCAUUUUAUUCUGAGUGUGGUGUUUUUAAAUUUUAUAUACCGUAUGUGAAAACCAAAGUUAUGAAAACUAUUUUCUGGUAUAAGGAUAUUUUUUGGAGAAGAUUGUUUGUAUUUUGAAUAACAUAGGGUCUGGAAACAGGGUGUUUGAUGUGUUUUUGAUAUUAUACUAUAUUUGAGGGUUUCAAUGUUGAUUGAGCUGAAGUUAGUGGGGAAAAACAUUUUUACUUAGUGAUAAAUAAAAAGUAAAAUACUUUCUGUACUAUAUUUCACUUCAAACAGCGAAUUUUCAAGGUAUUUUUUAAUUAUCUUUGAGGUCCUAACUCUGAGCAGUGAAAUGUUUUUUAACGUUGUAUAGUUUGUUGUAACGUGCCAGCCUCGCAUAUCUGUGAUAUUGUAGAUUCCAAAUAGAUCAAAAUUAGCUUUUUGUUUCCCUGUAUGUUAAGUUGAAGGAUUAUUUAUUUAGUUAUGUGAAACAUUUAGUGCAAAGAUAACCAAUCAUAACUGUGAUAUCAUGAAUGUGAUUUUACAAAAUUUGACAAUUUACACGGCCGUCCAUAUCUUUUACUCACGUAUCUUAUUUAUUGUCGAAACAUUGAAAUGGAAACUCAUUUAUUAUUGUCAUAUUUCAUUGAUGAAUUAGAAAAUAUUUAUCAUUUAAGAUAUUAUAUGCAGGGAAGAAAUGGUUAUUCCACUUAUUAUAUUACAGAAACAAAGAUUUUUGGAGGUUAAAUGAUUUUUUGACUGUUUUAAAAUGAAGUUAAUUUACAAUGGUUUAGAUUCUUUACAGUGUUAUAUUGUAAAGUGAGCUUUCAAAAUUAUUAUAAUCACAGGGUUUUUGAAAUUAGAAAACUUGUAACCUAUUUUUGUGAAAUAAAAUUCCAUAAAUGUGUUAAUUUAUUGACCUGUAUUGAAUUGGAAUCUUUGAUCCAUAGGAUCAAUGAAUUAGUGUUUUGGACAGUAAAUGUAUUGUAAAACAAAACAAUGAUGAUAAAACAUUUAAUGUUGAUUUUCACAGGGUUUUUAUAACAGAUUUGAUAAUGUUGGAAUCUGAUUGUAUCUAGUAUUAUACUGUGAUGUUACCAGCUGAUAGCUCUGACUUUGCUGUUGUUGUUACCUACAGCUCGGACAACCAAUAACAUGCUGGUUUACAAUAUAGGUAAUGUUACUACAAUAAGGUAUACACUAUGAUUACUGUGUGGUAGUAUCUCACUAUAUUACAUGUAAUUCAGUAUUUACAUUCCAGUUUUGAGAAAAAAUAUUUUAGAAUUUUACUCAUACAGGGAACAAUUGUAUAUUAUGUAUAAGUUAUUGAACCAUACAAUAUUUGUAAGUAAAGAAUAUUUAUACACAUAAGUGCUCUGUUUAUUGUACAGAGAGGAAAUUAAAAUAUUCGUAAUAUU